CCUCCGUCAGUGUCACUUUUUGUCAACACUGCGAGACUCGCCCCCCGAGUAAUAAAUUAAUCACCAAUUAAUUACCAACGCCGUCCACGUCCGAAUUCUAAUUACGUACGUGAGUGUCCUAUUAUUUGCGUUAUUUCCAGUUGAAGCCCGCCCUGAAAAUGGUUGACGACGAGUCGACGACUUGAAAACAUAUUGCGAAAGUGAAAUAUCGAUGUGAAAUUUGAAAAAUUCCAUUUCAACCCCUGAAAUGGCAUCGUCGUUCAACGCCGACACGAUUUCGGAAUGCAGUGAAGCAAGCACACUUAUUGACGGAAGUGUCAUUUCGACAGUGCCGGACCGACACGGUUUUUUGGGGGGCUCACAGUACUCGCCCGAGCCUAGGCAAGGGCCCCCGCCGGAAAUCGUGCUCCGGAGGGAGAGGAAGUGGCUCAAGAUGCUGUCCCAGUGGAAUUUUUACAUGGACAGGAAUUACAGGAAAAUCAAGGAGAGGUGCAGGAAAGGCAUCCCGAUGUCGAUCCGCCCCCGCGCUUGGCUCUACCUCUGCGGGGGCAAACUCCUAAUGGACAAAAAUGAGCACGUGUACGAAGACUGUCUCCGCGCCGAAGGCGACCCGAAAUGCAUCGAUGACAUUAAAAAAGACAUCCAUCGUCAAUUCCCCACUCACGAAAUGUUCAGUUCCGAAGACAAGCCCGGUCAAGCGGAACUGUUCAACGUCCUCAAAGCCUACACGAUUCAAAACCCCAAAAUCGGUUACUGUCAAGCGCAAGCCCCCGUCGCCGCCUUCCUCCUAAUGCACAUGCCGGCCGUUCAAGCCUUCUGGUGUCUCGUCAGCAUCUCUGACAGAUAUUUGGAGGAUUAUUACUCUCCAACCAUGGAGGUGGUGCAACGUGAUGGUCUCAUCCUCCAAGGGCUGUUGAAGAAAGUGUGUCCUGCAGCGUACAAACACUUGAAGAAAGUCAAUGCAGAACCGAUGUUUUAUUGCACGGAAUGGUUCUUGUGCGCUUUCACGAGGACACUACCGUGGGAUUCGCUCUUGAGAGUUUGGGAUGUGUUUCUGUGUGAAGGAGUGAAGAUUUUGUUCAAGACGGCGUUGGUUAUUUUGAUUAGUUGUCUCGGAACGGCGAAAAGUCGCAAGCAGUGUCCUGGGUUAUGCGAGACGUUGAAUAAGUUGAGGAAUCCGCCAGAAGAGGUCCUCACGGAGCAAAAUCUAAUCAGUAAUAUUUAUCGACUUGAUUUGAGCGAAAAAGAUUUUGAGAUGGAGCAUCAGAAGCAGACGAUAAGGAUGAAAAAUGAGAAGGCGAAAGGGCAACGGUGAGGGGGACGAUGUGUAACAAAAAUUCUCGAUUAUAUUUCUUGUUACGUUUAUUGCAUUUAUUACGUAGGUUUAAAGAUUGGUUAAAUUUUGCACCCGAUAUUUCUAGUCCAAGGUGCAAAAAAGAUUCGUUUAGGUUUUUCUAUUCUGAUAUUUUCUAUCAAUUGUAUAUAAGAGAUGAUGAAAUAAUUUUUCGAAUUAAUAAACCUGAUGAUAGUUAA